AUGGAAAAAUAUGCAAAUAUACAUCCCGCUGGACAAUGGUGGCAAAUUUCGGGGCUAUUUGUGGCAGCAAUAUGGGGGAGCAGCCCCUCCCGUGACAUAGCCAGACGCCUUAUUAAUAGCAGAGCAAGCAAUCUAUACCAAGCUUCAUGGGACGUCCUCUGGUGUCAGGCGGCACAGAAAAACCCAAUGACACCACCAAGGAGGAUUUUGUGGGCUAAGCAACUUGGAGGAUACGAUGUUUUCUACUUUGUGUGUUUGGUUCCCACUAAUCCUGACUGUCCUCCCGGCCCGAACUGGACGCUGAUUUGGAGAGGCUCCAAUGCUACUUGCUAUAAGAAAGCAGUCCCAGGAAGCUUGAAUGGAGUGUUGGAUGCAGCCACGGAUAGAGUGCGCUUAUACACAAAUAUUGUGAACGGCAAUGACCUCCCCUUCACCCUCCAACCACCUACCCGAACAACCACCGCCGGUGGAUGGGUGCCGUUGGAUGCAGAGACUGGGGAAAUCCUCUGGAGCAUAGCAAAUUGA